AGGCGAAGCGGCGAGGGGGCGAUGCCGACUCAGCGCGAAAGCGGCGGCGGCGGCGGGAGCAGCAUGUCUCACCCGGGCCUGGGCAGCAUCGGCGGAGGGGGCGGCGGCGGCCCCGGGGGGGACAGCGCCCACCAGGUGCGCGUCAAGGCGUAUUACAAAGGGGACAUAAUGAUAACGUAUUUUGAACCUUCCAUCUCCUUCGAGGGACUGUGUAAUGAAGUUCGAGACAUGUGCGCUUUUGAUGAUGAACAGCUUUUCACCAUGAAAUGGAUUGAUGAAGAAGGUGAUCCAUGUACUGUCUCUUCUCAGCUGGAGCUAGAAGAAGCUUUUCGGUUGUAUGAGCUGAACAAAGAUUCUGAACUUCAAAUACAUGUGUUUCCCUGUGUACCAGAAAGGCCUGGAAUGCCAUGUCCGGGAGAAGACAAAUCUAUUUAUCGUCGAGGAGCACGGCGAUGGCGAAAGCUCUAUUGUGCAAACGGCCAUACUUUCCAAGCCAAGCGAUUUAACAGGAGAGCUCACUGUGCCAUCUGUACUGAUCGGAUAUGGGGAUUGGGACGUCAGGGAUACAAAUGCAUCAACUGUAAACUCCUUGUUCACAAAAAAUGUCACAAACUUGUCAGCAUAGAAUGUGGCCGACAUGCAAUGCCACCAGAUCCUCUAAUGCCAAUGGAUCAGUCAGUAGUGCAUCACGAUAACACUGAACCUGUGAUACCAUAUAAUCCUUCAAGCCAUGAAAGUUUGGACCAUGUUGGUGAAGAGAAGGAGGCAACAAGCAUCAGAGAAAGUGGCAAAGUAUCUUCCAGUCUGGGUCUACAAGAUUUUGAUCUACUUCGGGUUAUAGGGAGAGGAAGUUAUGCAAAAGUUCUUCUGGUUCGAUUAAAGAAGACAGAGCGCAUUUAUGCCAUGAAAGUGGUGAAAAAAGAGCUAGUCAAUGAUGAUGAGGAUAUUGAUUGGGUUCAGACAGAAAAACAUGUCUUUGAGCAGGCUUCAAAUCAUCCUUUCCUUGUUGGCCUUCAUUCUUGUUUCCAGACAGAAAGCAGGCUGUUUUUUGUUAUAGAGUAUGUAAAUGGAGGAGAUCUCAUGUUUCACAUGCAGCGGCAGAGGAAAUUACCAGAAGAACAUGCCAGGUUUUAUUCAGCAGAAAUUAGUUUAGCAUUAAACUAUCUUCAUGAACGAGGGAUAAUUUAUCGGGACUUGAAACUGGACAAUGUGUUGCUGGAUUCUGAAGGACACAUCAAGCUGACCGAUUAUGGCAUGUGCAAGGAAGGAUUGAGGCCAGGAGAUACAACCAGCACUUUCUGUGGCACUCCCAACUAUAUUGCUCCUGAGAUUUUGCGUGGAGAAGAUUAUGGAUUUAGUGUUGAUUGGUGGGCUCUGGGCGUGCUGAUGUUUGAAAUGAUGGCAGGCAGGUCGCCAUUUGAUAUCGUUGGAAGCUCUGAUAACCCUGAUCAAAACACAGAAGACUACCUUUUCCAAGUUAUUUUGGAGAAGCAAAUCCGUAUCCCUCGAUCCCUUUCUGUGAAAGCAGCAAGUGUUCUAAAGAGCUUUCUUAACAAGGAUCCUAAAGAACGCUUAGGAUGCCAUCCUCAGACAGGAUUUGCAGACAUUCAGGGACAUCCGUUCUUUCGUAAUGUAGAUUGGGAUCUGAUGGAGCAAAAACAGGUGGUUCCUCCAUUUAAACCAAACAUAUCUGGGGAAUUUGGUCUGGACAACUUUGAUUCCCAGUUCACUAAUGAGCCUGUUCAACUCACUCCUGAUGAUGAUGAUAUAGUAAAGAAGAUUGACCAGUCUGAAUUUGAAGGCUUUGAGUAUAUUAAUCCUCUCCUGAUGUCUGCAGAGGAAUGUGUCUGAUUCUGAUCUCCUCCCGCUUCAGAACUGUGUCAUUUGUUGCUUCCUUUUUCUACAUGGUUAGCAGCUUGCUGUUG